AUGUGGAUCAGGCUGAAACAGGGCAUCGUGCAGAAUUAUGCACCAGACAAUUUGCGCCAGGCACAAGUACGUCGUCAGAGAGGAUGGACAGAGGAUGAUGUUCUCAUAUUUCUGCGCCUCAACCCUAUGGUGGCAACCUUUGAGUGGGCGGAAAUCCUCGCUCAAGCUGCCACUGAUAGAGAGGAGGGAGAUCAUUAUUCAAUCGCCAACGCCCUCUUGUACAGUCACACCGUAAUGCGGAAAUCCGCGAUUUCGGCCUUUUGUGCGAGGAUCAACAUGGACCAAGCAGACGUUCACCCUGAUUCCAAGGACUACGACGUCUUUGUUAAGGAGUACAAUGCUGAUGUUACAGCAUCUCGACUGAUCGAGGCAUGGAGGAACCAAGCCCCGGCGUAUCCCCCACCCGCGUUCAGCGCGGACACACAGAUGGCCGAAUAUCUCGUUCUCGAGCAAGCAGGCCCAACAGACGCGGGACCAUCCCGCACAGUGUCACCCCUCAGUUCGUCUGCGAGCGGGGGGUACGGUUCGGGGUGA